AUGGCAGUUGCAGCAGCGGGUCCCGUGCUCACAGUCAAUCCCAAGGAGAACGAGUGGGAAGUUUUCUUCAAAAGGUUAGAGCAGUAUUUUAUAGUACACGGGGUCACUGAAGAAGCUGACAAGAGAGCUCAUUUGCUGUAUAGUUUGUCUGAGGAGGCGUAUAUUUUAUUAGAAAAUUUAUGUAUGCCGCAAAAGCUGGAAGAAACCCCAUACCAAGACAUAGUUCAGUUAUUGUCUAACUACUAUGGUAAAACUGCUGUUGUAUGGGUCGAAAGGCAGAAGUUUUAUAGUGCAUCCAAAUCAGGAAAUGAGACGGCACUAGAAUGGAGUGUACGACUUAAAGGUUUAGCUCGCUAUUGCAAUUUUGGUCAACAGCUUGAGUCCAAGCUAACGGACAUUUUUGUUACGCAGUUCAAUCCUGGGAAGGUGAGAACUGAAUUAUUCAGCCUAAACGAGAACACCACCUUAAAUAACGCUGUUGAAAAGGCCAAAAUUAUCGAAGCAACGCUAGUAAUAAGAGACCCAGUUGGUGAAGUUAAAAGCGAGGUCUUAGAAUCCGAUGUUUUUCGAAUUAGACAAAAUAAUUCAAAUGUUGGUGCCACUGCCGAUCAACAUCAAGAUCCUCAACGGUAUCAUAGAGGGACAGCAGUACCUGCAGCGCAGCGGAGCCAAGGAGGCACGCGCAGGAGUGGGGGCAACAGCUCAAACAUGGCGCUGCAGCAGCUACAGCCGUUCACAUCGUCUGGUCGCUCUCCGGGCUGUUUCCGCUACGGGAGGAACCACAACAGUAAUGGGUCAUCACAGUGUGGUGUGUAAAAAGAAAAAACAAUCCUCACCUAAGCACGUUAAUUAUGUUUUUCCUAAUAAUGAUAUUGCUGAGGAUUAUACAGACGUUUUUUCAUCCCCAGUUCUAAGUAUUUCUAGCUUAGGAAGCAACAAUGAUGUGCCACUAUAUAUCGAUAUUUUAGUUGAGAAUGUCAUGUUGAAAUUUGAACUUGACAGUGGAUCAGCUGUUAGUGUUUUGCCACUUCAUGUUUACAAAACAUAUUUUGGUGCUCACGUCAUGAAAAAAACAAAUGUUUCCUUGAUUAAUUUUUCUGGCAAUAAGAUCAUCCCACAUGGCACAAUCAACUUAAAUGUUAAAUUUAAUUUCAAAGAUAGCAUCCUACGCUUUUUUGUUGUUGAUGGUAACAAUCCAUUGCUCCUAGGUCGAGAUUUUAUUAGGAAUUAUAAUAUGGGAUUUAGAGAAAUUCAUUAUUUGAACAACGAUGCUGUUGAUGCUCUAUGUAAUGAGUUUCCUGGCGUUUUUGCAACCAAUUUGGGAAGGUUCAACAAGUGUAAGAUCUCCAUAAAUAUUAAACUUGAUGCAAAUCCCAUUUUCCAUAAACCUAGAC